AUGCCCUCAACCUCCCAAGCCGCCCUCUCCACCACCCACUCCACCACCACCGCCGCCCUAUUCAUCGCCGCCCUCUCCCCCGGCUCCUUCUCCCGCGACUCCUCCUCCCUUACCGAUCGUGAAUCCCUUGUCGGAGUGCCUUCUGGGCCUUUUUCGCUUCGCCUCUUCGCUAACGAGAACGAUGCCGAGGACAGGCUGGAGCGCCUCUGUGAGCUCGCUAGGGAGGAGAACUUGGGUACCGUAAUCCCAGACUCACAGGAAGACCAAGACGAUGUCUUCUCCUCGCUCUGCGUAAGGGCACCAUAA